UGUGAAUCACGAUAAUUUGGUUCUAUGGAUGAUAAAAAGGCUUCAGUUGCGCCUUCUGAGGGAAUGGUGAUCGGCCGCAUCAUCAUCAUCAUCAUCUUCACUUUUCAACAGUAAUACAUCUCAUCAAUACAAUUCAGAAGCAACUUUUACAGUAGCCAACAUAACAACAGCAAAAUGUCUUUCGCCGAUCUUUCCAAGAGCCUGAGCGACAUCGAGCGCAAGGUCAACAAGUCCAUCAAGAUUCUCGGCAAGGGCAAUGACAUGAACUACAAGGAUGCCAUCAAGCUGGGCACCAAGUCAAACUCAAUUGUCAGCACGAUCAACAAGGGUAUCAAGGACUACUCGAACUUCGACCCGUCCGAAGAUGAGGCCAAGAAGCUCUUGGGCCAGAUGAACACAAUUGUUGACCUGACCGAGACUCAAUUGAACGCCAUGGUAUCGAACCAGGCCCGUUUCGAGAGCUUGAAAGUUGGUGGUCUCGUGAAGAAGAACGUUACCAAGACCGAGGCCGCGGGCAAGGAGCUUUCAGCGGUCAUGAUUGCCAAGGCCCCUGGAAGCAUCAAGGGAGAUGCUGAGGCGCUGGAGAAGAGACGUGAGGCUGCUUUCAACAAGGCAACUGGAGCGUUUGCUGGAUCCACAGGCGGCGAGGAUGAGCAGCUUGGAGACGACUCCGACUAAAUGUACACUAGCUCUCAGCUCGUAAUUCGUAGCGGCUGUGUAAAUAAGAGUUUACCUUUAGGGAACUUCAUCAGAUGC